AUGAAUCACCAGGUGUCGCUGGAGGGGCCCCAGACCAAAAACCGGAUUCUAAACACGGAACUGGCGGAGAAUAUCCGCCAUCUGAUGCCCAUGAGGCUCCAGGUAUCUUCCAAGUGGGAGCAAGCAUACAGCCUGGAGGGCAAUGGUGCCUCCUUGCGCACUUUAUACGACCAGGUUCGACCAAAGACAAAGUACCAACACGGCUAUGUUCUGCUGCUGCGAGAUUCGCUGGGCGGCGUGUUUGGUGCGUACUCCAACACCCCGUUCAAGGCAGAGACCGGGGGUCACUUUUACGGCAACGCAGACUCCUUUUUGUUCAAAGCUACCGGAGAUCGAUUCGAGGCGUUCCCCUACACUGGCGAGAACGACUUUGUAAUUUUUAGCACCCCAAAGUUUUUGUCUUUCGGCGGCGGCGACGGCCAUUACAGUCUGUGGAUGGACGACAACCUCGACAAAGGCGUGAGCUAUCGCACGCCAACAUUUGGAAACGAGGUUCUCAGUGCCGAAGGCUCCAAGUUCCACAUUGUCGCCGUCGAAGUGUGGCGGGUUUAA